CCUUGAUUUUGGUAUUCAGGGGUUCCGAUCGCGUCGCGCGCUCGAGAAGAAGCGCUUGAAGAACAAGACGCGGCAAUUGAGAAGGACGGUUUUCCAGAAUUCGAGCUUCUUCGACAGGCCGAGGACGUCCGAGUUUAGUUUCUUCAAACGGUUCCAGCAGUGUCUGCCAGAAGUACACACCCCAGAGCGAGACGAUCGAACAAUCGACUCGGGAAGCGACAAAAAUGAUGAUUUGAGCUACAAGGGAAGCUACGAAGAAAAUACUGGAAGUCACAAGGAUGAUGGUGAAAUCUACUUCAAACGUUCCAAAGAAAAUCGAGAUUUAAGUUCUCCAACUCAUACGCAAAGACACAAUGAUGGAAUGUUAAGGGGAAGUAAAAGCGAUGAUGGGGCAAUCUACACGGGCAACUAUAAGAACAUAUUCACGCGAAUCCAACAUAAUCUCCAAGAACUAUCAUCUCGGAGUUCCAAAUCUAAGGGGCCUCCCAGAGUCGAAACACUGCUCAGGAGGCUGGACGUUGUUAAUCCGGCCAUCUCGUGCGAGGAAAAAGGCCAUAAACUACUUCAACCUGGAAGUCCCUUACUGCUUGAAGACGAAGAGGAUUCUCACUUCGAAGCCUUGAAGAACUGGAAUAUCAAGGAGAUGACGGAAUUAGCGUGGAGUUCCGGGCUUUCGGAUGACAAUAGUGCGGAUUGGGAGGGGCAUGUUGAGAGUCGUUCACAGCUCAAAGACGACGACGGAGAUUCAGACUACGAAGCACUGAAAACCUGGAACGUCAAGGAGAUGACAAGAUCGGCAUGGAGUGCUGGACGGUUCCCAAAUGUAAAUCUCUCAAGCCAGAGUAUCGAGACAGACAAGCUCGACAGUCCAGGCCAGCUGUUCGAGGUGCCGCAACAGGACUUACUCUCGUCGCUAUAUUCCGAGCCGGAAGAAGAAAAAUUGAGCUUUGAAGUUACGAAGGAUACAUUGGGACUGCAUUCGAUAGAUGGAAACGAUUCACAGCUUGAAGGCGACGGCCAUUCAGACUGCGAAGAACUCAGAUCGGCUGGACAGUUUGAUAUCUCGGAGAUCCAAGAAGAACUCAGAUCGGCUGGACGGUUUGAUAUCUCGGAGAUCCAAGACGAAGAAGAAGACGGAUACAACCAAGGAUACGACAGUCCAGGCAAGCUCUUUGAGGUGGACUCCUUAUGUUUCAAGCUGGAAGACGACUGUCCAGGCAAGCUCUUUGAGGUGUCGCAGCAUGACUCGGUAUCUUUCAAGCCCGAAGAAGAAAACUUCGACUUUGAAUUUCCAAAGAAUCCAUUGGACGGCAUUUACAAGUCGGGAGCGAGGCUGGCUCUGCAAUCACUCGUUGGCUUUACAACUGGAAACUCUGAUACACUUGACUGGUGAAGACGUCAAGUUCGUGAGCCUGGCAACGUCCUUUUGGUCCUCCGACGUCCCUGUGGUCCCGGGAGAGGACUCGGUGCCGGCGGAAGCGAGAGUGAACUCUUUGGAGGUGGAGGAGAGCGAGGAACGGGCCUUAUGAAGACGAUUGGUCCUGGUCUCAGUGGUAGCCAUGGCCGAGGGAUUGGAUUCACAUCGCGAUAGUCUUGGCGAAACAUCCUGCCUUUGCUCUGGAAAACCUUCAAACAUCUCAGGUAAGCUGAAAAAGUUUCAUACAUACCACAGGUGAUUUGCUGCUGGUGUUCCCGCUAGAAAUCGCUACGAGAAGAAGCACAAGUGUCGCAACGAGGAGGUUUCUCUGUGCUGCUACAGUUGGGGACGACAUAACUGGGCCCUGAAAGGAUGAUUCUUCAGACAAGCUGUGCAUCCAAGUUAAAACAAUGGCGAGUUUAAUUUGCACGCGGUGAGGAGCAAAUCGCCGCGUUUACAGCAUUUAAAGCCGCUGACAGGUCAUUCCAUCGGCAUUGGCAGGCGCGACGAUCAAACAGGCAAGUAAGUUCGAGUUCCAAGUUUUUCGAUAAGCUGGCAGGUGUACUACAAUCGCAGAGUUCUUCUCUUAGAGGAAACAUUUGCUUCGUUACAAGAUCUUGCAAGCAUUUAACUAGUUAUCGAGCUCGAACGACAAUAUCUUUCCUAAAAACUAAGUAGAUGGUGAACAUACUUCUCAAGAACUUGACACCGAGCUUGGCUGUCAGCUACAUCGAGCGGUACAAGCUAUACUUAAAAGGCGGCUUUGAUUGGCCAGGAUCGAAAUCUUCCAGGGAUCUCUUGGGAAUCAUGUGAGCUUGCGCAACGAGCUGCCAAAACAAACACAAACUUAAAACCAAAAGAGGAGAGGAAACUUACGUGCUCGAAGUAAGUCUUUUCACGCUUCGGGGGAAGAGGAGCCGCAGUGUUUUCCAUGACUGACGGUGGACAGAAAUGGUCUGUCUGAAUCCCCAUGCAGCGAGGAUCGUCCGUAAGCAUCGAGCUCGACUGGCUUAGCUGCUCCUCCACCGGGAACCGAUCCCUUCUCGGGCUCAGGUCGACUGAAAAAACAAGGUGUGAGACCAGACCGAAUGAUCGAGUGGAAACGAUCUACAAAAAAAGGCACUAGCCUGGAGUUCCUCUAGCCGAGGAUGAUGACUGGCUUAGCUUGGUUCCUUCGAAACUUGUAUCGCUGCCAAAAGAGCUCAGUAGCAUGUUGGAUGCUCUCUUGAGCGACGAGUUA